CCAUAUCCUCUCCAGCUUUCCGCUCCGCCCUUGUCGCUCGUCCAGCCACCGUGCCCGUGCCCGUGCCGCCGAGAAUUCUAUCCAGAAGCAAGCAACAAGAGCCCACCCCCGCUUCGCGCGCUCUUUCGUGCCAGGCAAACACAGAGCACAGCUAUCUGCUCGUGUCCCGGUCCGUCCAACUCGCUCGCUCGCUCAAUCCACUGAUGAUGGGGAUCCCGCUGGUGUGCUACUGCCUCGCCGUGCCCAAGCCGGUCAUCGCCUUCUGCAGGCUGCUCAGCGCCGUCAGGGACGCCGCCCUGCUGAUGCUGGCCGUGGUGGGGCUGUGCCGCUUCCCGCCCGACGGCGCGGUGGACGCCGGCCACCAGCCCGGCGAGGUGAAGGCCCGGCUCCCCGCCGUGGAGUACGGCCAGCUCCUGGCCGAGCACGACGAGCAGCAGCAGUCCGGCGACCACGACUGCGACGGGGACGCCGCGUCGUCGGAUUGCAUCGUGUGCCUCGAGACGCUGGAGGCGGCGGACGAGGUGCGGCGGCUGGGCAACUGCGCGCACGCCUUCCACCGCGCCUGCAUCGACCGCUGGAUCGACCUCGGCCGCGCGACCUGCCCGCUCUGCCGCUCCGACCUCCUGCCGCGCGCGCCGGGCUGGGCCAGCCGGCUCGGCCUGGGCCGGCUCACGCGCGUUCGGUGAGGAGGACCGUCUUCCAGGGCAGUUUUUAAUUUGUCUAUUGGAUGAUGGGGCGCGGACAGGUUAGCGACGGCGAUCGCCCGGGUGGUAUAACAGCUGCUCUGCCUGCCAUCAGCCAACCGCUAAUCUACGGGGGGGCUUCAUUAGUACGUAAAAGGCGCCUCACACUUGGUAUACGUAAAAGAUAUACUAGUUAUUAAUACGUUAAAGGAUUGAGUAUACGGCACCUAGAUGUUUCAUUUGUACACGAUUUUAAUUUCAGUCUCUCCUCGACCAUAUAAUAGUAAUUAAAUUAGUUCGUCAACUUAUUGUGCAACUUGGUGAGCUUAGCAGCAGCAAGUUUGCGCAACUGGCAGUGAUGAAUAAUUUAGCAACCAACUUGAAUCCUCUUAUCAUGAUCAUCUCGUCUCGUGUUGGGAACCGCUUGCUAAACACGAGCGUGGGUGUAAAUAAAGUGCCGAAACAGUCUGAUUUAGACUUUUUCUUCGAUC